AUGAGCGGCGGAGCUGGACCUCUGGUCCCCACCUUCCAUGGCUUCGUCCACAACAGUAUGGAUGGACUCUGCCUAUUCGAAGCAUGCCUCAGCGGAAAGCUCAAUCACGUUCCCCGUCGCCCCCAUGAUCGGKAGCGUAGCUCGCUGAUUAAAAGCGGGAGCAUCUUCAUCUACGAGGAGAACGCGUCAGGCAUCAAGCGAUGGACUGAUGGCGUCGCCUGGAGCCCCAGUCGUAUCCUCGGCAACUUUCUCAUCUAUCGUGAGCUUGAGAAGCCAUUUCCACCCGGCGAGAAGAAGCGAGCGAUGAAGCGUAAGCGAACAAGUCUCCCCGGAGAGCCGUAUCUGCGCCGGGAGUCCGAAGACGUCGAAGCACAGGAGCUGCCCACCCCAAUCACACCACCAACACCUGUUGGCGGCGAAGUCAAAUCAGAGGUACCAAGUUCUGAUCAAGACAAAGAACUGGAGCGUUCCCUCAUAGGAUCUUUGGUCGACAGCUAUGGCUUCCGCCCGGAUGGUCUCGUGAAGAAGACGAUGAGCGUCUCAAUCAACGGCAUCUCCCACCACAUGGUGUCGUACUACAAAGUUGACGAUGUCAAGCACAAUCUCCUCCCCCGGCCUCUGACCGAUCCCCGACUUCAAAACAUCUCCGUCCGACCUGAGCUGUACAUGAAGCAGAAUUUCCGCGCGCCAGUGGAGGAGACGGAGCACUUCGCCGUUGAUGGCCAGAUGCACGCCCAUCCUCAAAUGAUGUACUCUCCCAUGGGCAAUGCCUACGGCGUUCCACCACAUGGUCAGCAGUACUUUCGCGGCCAACAAUAUCCCGGCAUGCCGUACAUGCCCACACCGCAAACCACCGGGAGCAGCAUGUACGCUGCGAUGACCGGAGCAUCGUGGUCCGGCCAGCAAGCCUCCGCUGGCCCUGCGCCAUAUGGUCACCAGCCGUACGGCGGUCAGAGCUACGGAAGUUACUACAAGCAACCAGAGCAGUCGAACGGAUCGGCUGUCAAGGCCGAGAGUCAGCAGGCGUCACCCUACCCAAACCAGUACGCUUCAUCAUAUGGCGGAAUGCCCCAACGGAAUGGUUCGCAAUCCACGCCGUCGAUGAUGCAACCGCCCUCAUACCAGACUCCCCAAACACAAGCUCCGUCUACUUUCGCCCAAAUGACAUCCGGAGGUCAGCGGUCGGCGUACGGGGGUAUCGACAGUCCAUCGACAAACGUACAGCAGCAGCAAUCUGUUUACGGAAAUCCAUCGGCCCAGCCUUAUGCGGUGCGAUCUCCGCCAACGCAAAAUUACGGGCUCCAGAGCGCACCGCAGAACGCUGUCGGUCAGUCACCCCACCCGGGCGCAAAGAGUCCACAGUCGGCGCACGCAGGCACGCCCUCCCAGGCAGAUACCAGCGCUCAGAUGCACAAMAGCGGCAUGUCUUACCGUUCGAGUCAUCCCAGCAGCGAAAUGAACAGUGGCUUGGGAAUCAGCAACAGUACGUCAAGCUACUCAGCACCACAAAACGGGCACCCCUACAGCUACGGCUCCUCGAAUCAACCUCAGACCGCCGGAUCAUAUCCAUCAUAG